AUGGAAACCGAAAAAACAUUUACAACGACCACGGUCGACUCCGAUCCCGACACCCAUGGAGAGGUCGUGGUCAACACAAAGAAGAUGAACGCGUGGCAGCGGUUCAAGGACGGCUUUGGCCCAGCUGAUGUGUCCCACAUUGACACUGAGGGCUUGACUCCUAUGGAGAUUGCCGCUCUCAAAACCGCCAAUGCUCCUCUUAAUAGAGGUCUCAAGGGCCGUCAUCUGCAGAUGAUUGCCAUUGGAGGUUCGAUUGGAACCGGUCUGUUCGUCGGAUCGGGAGCUUCACUUGCCACUGGCGGCCCCGCAGCUCUCCUCAUCGCCUACGGUAUCAUUGGAUGCAUGUUGUUGUGCACCGUCCAUGCCCUGGGAGAGCUGGCUGUUGCCUUCCCCGUCUCUGGUGCCUUCUCCACUUAUUUCACACGAUUUAUUGAUCCUGCUUGGGGAUUCGCCAUGGGCUGGAACUACACCCUGCUGUGGUUUGCCAUUCUGCCUCUGGAACUUGUAGCUGCCUCCAUUACCGUGGAGUAUUGGAACGAGCAGAACGGCACCAAUAUCAACCCUGCCGCGUGGAUCAGUCUCUUCUGGGCCCUCAUUGCAGGAAUCAACCUCUUUGGAGUCAAGGGAUAUGGAGAAGCCGAGUUUGUUUUCUCCAUCAUCAAGGUGGCCGCCGUCAUUGGCUUCAUCAUCAUGGGUAUCGUCUUUGUGUGUGGAGGUGGACCCAAGGGGUACGAUUACGACAAAUACAUUGGAGGUAGCAUGUGGCAGAAUCCCGGAGCCUUCGCCCAUGGCUUCAAGGGUGUGUGUUCUGUCUUUGUCACUGCCGCCUUCGCCUUUGCCGGUACUGAACUGGUUGGUCUGGCUGCUGCUGAGACUGAAGACCCCCGAAAAAUGCUCCCCACCGCCACCAAGCAGGUCUUCUGGCGAAUCUGUCUCUUCUACCUCAUUUCUCUGACUCUGGUCGGUCUUCUGGUGCGAUUCGACGACCCCCGGCUCCUCAACGGAACCUCCAACGUCGACAUCAAGGCUUCUCCUUUUGUCAUUGCCAUUCUGAAUGCCGGAGUCAAGGGCCUGCCCUCCGUCAUGAAUGUGGUCAUUAUGAUUGCCGUGCUUUCUGUCGGAAAUGCCUCGGUGUACGGCUUCUCUAGAACAAUUGCCGCCAUGGCUCUGCGAGGAGAAGCCCCUGCCUUCUGGGGUUACAUUGACAAGAACGGCCGUCCCAUUUACGGCAUUUUUGCCGUGCUGGCCUUUGGUCUGUUCGCCUUCAUUGCGGCUGCUUCUGCCGAUAUUCGAAACAAGGUCUUUAUGUGGCUGCUGGCUCUGUCUGGCCUGUCUUCGAUUCUUGUCUGGGGCUCCAUUAACCUUGCCCACAUUCGGUUCCGACAGGCUCUCAAGUUCCGAGGCCGAGAUACUUCCGAGCUGACUUUUGUGGCCGGCUUUGGUGUCUGGGGUUCCGUCUUCGGCCUUACCCUCAACUGCUUGGUACUCGUAGCCCAGUUCUGGAUCGCCCUGUAUCCUAUUGGAGGCGAGCCCAACGCUGAGGCCUUCUUUGCCGCCUACCUGGCUGCUCCCAUCGUCAUUGUUUUCUGGAUCUUCUGGAAGGUGUGGAAGCGACCUCCCUUCCUCAAGGUCUCGGAUCUGGACAUUGACACUGGUCGAAGAGACACGGAUCUGGAUCGGGUUCGAGCCGAGACUACCGCUGAGCGGGAGUACAUUGCAUCCAGAAACUUCUUCUACCGGGUCUACAAGUUCUGGUGUUAA